UAUAAAAACAACCACGUACGCUAUCGUGUCCAAUAUUAAUUCAAGCAGUAUCUCGACGAGAUGAAGUUCUUCAGUAAAGUACUCUACUUCCUUCUGCUGUGCAUCGUGGCAGCGACAAUGUGCGCAAGCAUCGGAGGUUCUCCCUCUGGAAUUAACGGAAUGCGUGCAGUGGCUUGCGGACGUGGUAGACGGCCACCACCUACUAAUUCGACUGGAUAAAUGGAAAUUCUGUAUAAAUUGAUAACAUCAAAGUUAUCAACUUAAUUAAUUAAACGCUGCAAUAAAUAAACUGUUCAAAUCACUCUGACAAAAUCAAUUAAAUCCAAUUUCGCUACAAUUUUUAUCAAAUUAUAUUUUAUUAAAGAAAUAUUAUAUAUUCUCUAUAUAUAUUUCUUUAAUAAGCACGGUCUUACGUGUAGGAAAAUACUAAUAGUCAAUGUAAAUUGCUUUUAUUUCUGGCGUGUACGUACCGCCGCCUCUGGGUUGGAGCAAUAUUGUUAUAUUAUUAUACUCAUUUAAAAUAACUUUAAAUUUCCAACCACUAAAAGUAUUACGCAAUAGAUAUUGCGUAUCUACUCAAGAUUCAAAUUACAUACAUAUUAUGCGUUUUUAGGGUAUACUAAAUAAUUACAAUUUCAGAUGUAGUAAUAUGUUGAGAAAAGAGAGAGAAAAGUUCAGAUGGCGAUACUAGUAUAGUAGCUGUCUUGGUGUAUGCGCACUCCAUUUCGUGGUACGCAUCAUAGAUAAGGGUGCCGUCCGAGAGUUGCGCUACUAUAUACUGUACUGUAUAUCGUGGUGGUACUGGAUGCAGUUUUCUACUAUCUGAGGAAUUGUGUGAUUCUUAGGAAUAAGGCUAUGGGUGGUACAGAUUAUAAGAAGAACCUUGAUCCUGUGUCAAAGACUUAAACGCAUGCGCUGUAUUUUUUGACGUACGGAUCAUUUUGUUGCAUUUUCGCAGUCGACGCAGAACCUUGACUGGUUUACUGGGAUAUAAAUGUCAAGUGUUGAAGUCGAUAAGUUAAAGCGACAAUUUCUCAAUAUCCCUGAGUUGUGAGAAAUUUUCGGAUAAAUGGCGGGUCAUAAUUAUUUGAGCGAUCCAAAGAAUCCAUUCUUUUCGUUGGAAGAGGAUGACGUGGAUGACGAAACGUUCCUGAAGAAUGCACCAGUAAGGACUGUACCCUCGGAACAUUAUCAGAAUUUUGAUAAUAAUAUUACACAGAAACACCAAGAAUUGUUGCAACGUAAGAAAGAAAUCGAGGAACGCACGAUACAAUCAUCCGAGAGAUCCGUCUCGCUCUUGAGAGACUCUGAACAAAUUGGCGUGGCUACCGCUGAGGAAUUGAUCAGACAAAAAGAGCAGUUGCAAAGAACGGAAAAGAGAUUAGAUGACAUCAAUAGUACACUGAGAUUUAGUCAAAAACAUAUACAAGGGAUAAAAAGUGUAUUUGGUAGUCUAAAGAAUUAUCUCAGUGGUAAAUCUCUAGAUGCUCCGAUACCAUCGGUAAAAUUAUCAGAAUCUUCAAGUUCUGGCUCUGUAACAUCUCCUGCGCUGUCGAGUACGUUAGAACAAGUACAAAGUAACAUGAAUGAUUCGUACACACCUAUAAAGAUAAAGGGAAACUAUGACAACGAUCUUCAAAAUAUUAGACCUGCCAAUGACAGAGUCACUAAAGUUCUGGAACAGAAUCUAAACGAGAUGAGCGGCUCGUUGGCGAGACUCAAGAGUUUAGCCAUCGGUUUGUCCGAAGAGAUAGAUUCGCAGAACGAUUUGAUCGAUAAUGUUACGGAUAAAACCGAGAAAGCAGACAUAUUAUUGCAACAGCAAAACAAAGACAUGUUACAUUUGUUAAAGAAAUAAAUUUUAAAUAAAUAAAAACAGUUAGAUUCAUCAUAUCAAACUUUCGGUUACUUUUUUUACUACUGCAAUAACGGUAGGAAAAAUUUCUGCAAAGUUCGCAUGCGCAUUAUGCGGCGGAAUGAAUCUGAUUCAUUUGUGUGUUGUAUUGGAUUUCGAAUAUGUUAUUACACAUAUCGUUAUAUAUCGUACGUACGUUGUACGUUUCAUGAAAUUGUUCACGAAGCAUUCUUUGCAAUAUAAUAAAUACAAUUAUAAGAAGAAUGACAGUAUGCGAUCUUUGAUAGAAAAGAAUUCUAUUCGAGCAAUUAUUGAUAUAGCGUAAAACCAUUUACGAUAUCUUUAUACACGAGUAUGUUGCGCAAAAAGCUCAAUUCAUAUUUCUCAAGAUUUUAUAGCUUUUUUCAAAGAAAACUGUGAUAAAUAUGUCCACAUGUAAUAAGUACGAUUUGUAAUAAUGUGUAAUAAGUUGAUCUUGAUAUACUGUUGAUGUAAAAAUAAUGUAAUUGUAGUUGAAGAAAUAGAUUAUCAAAUAUAUACAUGCAUAUAAAUAAAACAUUUGUAUAGUAAUGAGAAAACGAUCAAUUACACGUGUUACUAGAUUAUUUUUAAUUUUUUUAAUAUUUUAUUUUCAAAUAUCUGUUCAAAUCGCGUAAAGAUUGCGAACAAUUUAUAUAAUGUAAUGUUAAUUUUUGUUUCGCAAAGACGUGUGCGUACGUGGUUUCUUUAAUUUUAUAAUGCUUGAUAUUAUAAAUCUCUAUAAAUUCUGUUCAUACGAAUUUUUAUGUAAUUUAGAAGACUAUUUUAUAUAUGUAUUGUACAUAAAAGAUGCUUAAUUGAUUUAAUGCAAGAAGCAAUAAUGUAUCACAGAAUAAGACAGACAAUAAUACAAGCAUAGUGUACAAGCAUAAUUUCAAUGUCAAUUUUUUUAUCUCUUCCUUUCAUUUUAUACAAUUGGUGUAAAACUUUGAAAAUUACCAUUAUCUGUAGACUUAUAAAUUAGAGACAUUAAAGUGGGAGAUGAUUGGAUUAUUGAACCUUUGCCGUGUUUAAAUCACUGUAUUUUUAAACAUUUGUACAUUAUGACAUAUUCUUAGACAACAUAAAUUACUUAAAAUAGAUUAUUUAACAAUUCUACAUAUAAAUUUUUACUUUAUUUACACAAAUUGUAAGAUUAACCUAGUAUUACAUUGAAAAAUUUAUUUCAUCAACGCCUCGCAUCUUUUUCAAAACUUUCAUAAUAUAUUAUACACAUUCAAUGUUAACAAAAAAGAACUAGUAAACAUCCCAAAUAAUUAUCGUUAAUGUACAUUUUUCAGCUUUCAUAUAAAUAAAGAGCUGUCUC